GAUGAGUCCUGUGAGAGCAGAGAGUUAAUGGACCAGAGCGCUAUAAAGAGCUGCAGCAGGACCGAGUCCUCAGAGACCCGUGAGAGCUGGAACCAUGAGUCCUCCCCCCCCGACCAGGAGAACCACGCUCUGCUCUCCGGGAGGAAACUGCACCUCCUUCCUGACCGGGGCGCUCCUCCACCUGCCCGGCCGCGCCCCCACCCCCCACGCUCACCUGCAGCCCCACCUGUUCCCCACCGUGGACGUCCCUGACCACGCCCACUACAUCAUUGGCUCUGUCGUCCUGCUGGUGGGGGUGACGGGCAUGCUGGGAAACGCUCUGGUGGUCUACGUGUUCUGUCGCUGUCGGAUGCUGCGGUCGCCGAGCAACCUUCUGGUGGUCAACCUGGCGGUGGCAGACUUCCUGAUGUCUCUGACGCAGACUCCAGUCUUCUUCGUGGCCAGCCUUCAUCGGCGCUGGGUGUUCGGGGAGCUCGCCUGUGAGCUGUAUGCUUUCUGCGGCGCGUUGUUCGGCAUCACCUCCAUGAUGACGCUGACGGCCAUCGCAGUGGACCGCUGCCUGGCCAUCACGCGGCCGUUGGCUCUGCCGGGCUGGGCGAGUCGUGGCCGGCUGCUGGCGGUGCUGGGGGUGUGGCUCUACUCUCUGGGCUGGAGUCUGCCCCCGUUCUUCGGUUGGAGCGCCUACGUCCCCGAAGGCCUGCAGACGUCCUGCAGCUGGGACUACAUGAGCUUCACUGCUGCCGUGCGCACCUACACCCUCCUGCUGUUCACCUUCGUCUUCUUCAUCCCACUCGGGCUGAUCGCCGGCUGCUACUUCGCCAUCUUCCACGCGGUGCGGCGAGCGGGUCGGGAGGUUGGGCGUCUGAGCGGUGGGGAGACAGACAAGGUGUACGAGCGUCUGCGCAGCGAGUGGCGGUUGGCUAAAGUGGCUCUGGGAGUGAUCCUGCUGUUCGUCGUCUCCUGGUCGCCGUACUCUGCGGUUGCUCUGAUCGCCACGGCCGGCUACGCCCACCUUCUGACACCCUACAUGAACUCCGUUCCUGCCGUCAUCGCUAAGGCCUCCGCCAUCCACAACCCCAUCAUCUACGCCAUCACCCACCCAAAGUACCGCGCUGCCAUCGGCCGCUACGUCCCGCUGCUGCGUCCUCUGCUGCGGCUGCAGGACAAAGACCUGCGUUCCUCUUUCAGCUCCGGCGCUUCAUCUCGUCGAGCCACCCUCAGCAGUCAGAGCUCGUCGGGGGUCUGGCUCGGCGCCGGCGUCCGGGGCAACAGCCGCUUUGGGAAGAGCCGGCUGUCCUCAGCGUCUGACAGCGAGUCCUGCCAGACGGAGAGCGAAGCUGAUGGAUGCAGCGCCGGGUCAACAGCCUUCAACAGACGGGUGUCCACAGACGUCACCGCCAACGCCACCGCCAACGAAUGA